AUGACCACGGCAAUCACCCUUACCCUGCUCUUCCGUCCUGUCGGUGCCAUAAUCUUUGGUCUACUUGCUGACCGCUUUGGACGCAAGUGGCCUCUUGUUGCGGAUCUUGCCAUUAUUGCGGUCUUGCAAGUUGGAACGGGCUUCGUCACCACAUUCUCCGAGUUUCUGGCCGUCCGGUCGUUAUUUGGGAUGGCAAUGGGUGGCAUCUGGGGAUUGGCAAGUGCUGCUUCUAUGGAAAAUAUGCCGGUCGCGUCUAGAGGCCUUUACUCCGGGUUUAUGCAAGUUGGAUAUCCUGGUGGAUAUCUAGUCGCAUCUAUCGUCAACCUCUAUCUAGUCCCUGAAAGCCCUCAGACUUGGCGCUCGAUUUUCUGGGUCGGAGCUGGAUUAAGUGCUUUCGCGGCCUUUAUCCGUAUGCUUUUACCCGAAAGCGCAAUAUUCCAGCGAGCCCGUGUGAGGAACAUAUCUACAUCGAAGGCCACUGCAUUGUUUGCACGCUCUGUGACCGUAAUGCUAAGGGAGCAUUGGGGAAUAUGGAUAUACGGCAUUUUGCUAGCAACUGGCCUGAACUUCCUUGCUCACAGCUCUCAAGAUCUAUACACUACCUUCAUGCAGAAGAGCAAAGGCUUCUCUCCCUUCCUUGCCACCCGGGCCAAUAUCGUCGGCGAAACAGGGGCUGUACUAGGGGCUCUCUUAGGAGGAUACAUCAGUCAAUUCUUGGGACGAAAGAACACCUUAAUCUUAUCCAUCAUAUGGUGUGCAGGGUUUAUUCCUCUAUGGGUUUUACCAAGCUCAUGGACAUCGUUGAGUGUUGGAGCAUUCUUUUUUCAAGCGGGGGUGAACAUCGCUUGGGGGAUGGUAGCUGCAUACCUCAAUGAGCUCGCACCUCCUGCCUUCCGUGGCUUGUACCCAGGAACAGUCUACCAACUCGGUAAUGCAGCUAGUAGCGCUGCAUCGCAGAUCGAGGCUACAGCAGGUCUCACUAUUCGGAAGCAAGUUCAAGGCGUCGACCAACCAGAUUAUGGUACUGUCCAAGCCAUCAUGGCUGCUGCCUCUGGUGCGCUCGUCCUUGGAUGCGCGUUGUUUGGCCCAGAAAAUCAUUCUGUAGAUUUGAAUGAGGCCAAGACAGCUAUCGAAGAGGAAGGCGCAAAUAUCGACCGAUCAUCAAGCAACAUCGUGGACGACAUGAAAGUUGACGACAAGCACGUCGAGCACACAACUACCUACGCCACCGCGGCACACGUCGUGUAA